CUCUGGGCCUGCGCGCGUAGGGUUCAUGGGUCACGGCGGCGUACCUUGUGGCGGGAAAAGCUGUUUGACGCGAUGGAUGGUAAACGGCGGCAAGCGCCCGGCUCUGGGGUGCCCCCAAAGCGGGCUUGCAAGGGCCUCUGGGAUGAAGAUGAGCCGUCGAAGUUUGAGGAGAACCUGGCGCUGCUGGAGGAGAUAGAGGCCGAGAAUCGGCUGCAGGAGGCUGAGGAGGAGCUGCAGCUGCCCCCUGAGGGCAUUGUGGGUGGGCAGUUUUCCACUGCAGACAUUGACCCACGGUGGCUGCGGCCCACCCCACUUGCCCUGGACCCCAGCACGGAGCCCCUCAUCUUCCAGCAGCUGGAGAUUGACCACUAUGUGGGCACAUCACCUCCCCUGCCAGAAGGACCCCCCGCAUCUCGUAACUCAGUGCCCAUACUGAGGGCCUUUGGGGUCACCGAUGAGGGCUUCUCCGUCUGCUGCCACAUCCACGGCUUUGCCCCCUACUUCUACACCCCUGCACCUCCGGGUUUCGGGGCUGAGCACCUGAGUGAGCUACAGCGGGAGCUGAACGCAGCCAUCAGCCGGGACCAGCGUGGUGGGAAGGAGCUCUCGGGGCCGGCAGUGCUAGCUAUAGAGCUGUGCUCCCGUGAGAGCAUGUUUGGGUACCAUGGCCACGGCCCUUCUCCCUUCCUCCGCAUCACCCUGGCACUACCCCGCCUGAUGGCGCCAGCCCGCCGCCUCCUGGAACAGGGUAUCCGAGUGCCAGGCCUGGGCACCCCGAGCUUCGCACCCUAUGAAGCCAACGUGGACUUUGAGAUCCGGUUCAUGGUGGAUGCUGACAUUGUGGGAUGCAACUGGUUGGAGCUCCCAGCUGGAAAGUACGUUCAGAGGGCAGAGAAGAAGGCUACACUGUGUCAGCUGGAGGUGGAUGUGCUGUGGUCAGACGUGAUCAGUCACCCACCAGAAGGGCAGUGGCAGCGCAUCGCACCCCUGCGUGUGCUUAGCUUCGACAUCGAGUGUGCUGGCCGAAAAGGCAUCUUCCCUGAGCCUGAGCGUGACCCCGUGAUCCAGAUCUGUUCUCUGGGGCUGCGCUGGGGUGAGCCAGAGCCCUUCUUGCGCCUAGCGCUCACGCUGCGGCCCUGCGCCCCCAUCCUGGGUGCCAAAGUACAGAGCUAUGAACGGGAAGAAGACCUGCUCCAGGCCUGGGCCACUUUCAUCCUCGCCAUGGACCCUGACGUGAUCACCGGCUACAACAUUCAGAACUUUGACCUCCCCUACCUCAUCUCUCGGGCACAAACCUUAAAGGUGGACCGAUUCCCUUUCCUGGGCCGUGUGACUGGUCUCCGCUCCAACAUCCGUGACUCCUCCUUCCAAUCAAGGCAGGUGGGCCGGCGGGACAGUAAGGUGGUCAGCAUGGUGGGUCGCGUUCAGAUGGAUAUGCUGCAGGUGCUGCUUCGGGAGUACAAGCUCCGCUCCUACACGCUCAACGCUGUGAGCUUCCACUUCCUGGGUGAGCAGAAGGAGGACGUACAGCACAGCAUCAUCACCGACCUGCAGAACGGGAAUGAACAGACGCGUCGCCGCUUGGCCGUCUACUGCCUGAAGGAUGCCUUCCUGCCGCUUCGCCUACUUGAGCGCCUUAUGGUGCUGGUGAACAAUGUGGAGAUGGCGCGUGUCACUGGUGUACCCCUUGGGUACCUGCUCAGCCGAGGCCAGCAGGUCAAGGUCGUGUCUCAGCUGCUGCGCCAGGCCAUGCGCCAGGGGCUGCUGAUGCCUGUGGUGAAGACGGAGGGAGGUGAGGACUACACAGGAGCCACUGUCAUUGAGCCCCUCAAAGGGGCCCAAGGGUAGGGGCUGGGUGGUGCUGACUUCCCCAAAUUCUCCCUCAGGUACUAUGACGUGCCCAUUGCCACCCUGGACUUCUCCUCUCUGUACCCAUCCAUCAUGAUGGCCCACAAUCUGUGCUACACCACAUUGCUACGGCCCGGGGCUGCCCAGAAGUUGGGCCUUAAACCAGAUGAGUUCAUCAAGACACCCACUGGGGAUGAGUUUGUGAAGGCAUCUGUGCGGAAGGGGCUCCUGCCCCAGAUCCUGGAGAAUCUGCUGAGUGCCCGGAAGAGGGCCAAGGCUGAGCUGGCUCAGGAGACGGACCCCCUGCGGCGACAGGUCUUGGAUGGACGGCAGCUGGCACUAAAAGUGAGUGCCAACUCUGUGUAUGGCUUCACUGGUGCCCAGGUGGGCAAGCUGCCGUGUUUGGAGAUCUCCCAGAGUGUCACUGGGUUCGGGCGGCAGAUGAUUGAGAAAACCAAGCAGCUAGUGGAGACCAAGUACACUCUGGAAAAUGGCUACGAUGCUAACGCCAAGGUGGUCUACGGUGACACUGACUCUGUGAUGUGCCGAUUUGGUGUCUCCUCUGUGGCCGAGGCAAUGUCUCUGGGGCGGGAGGCUGCAAACUGGGUAUCCAGUCACUUCCCAUCACCCAUCCGGCUGGAGUUCGAGAAGGUUUACUUUCCCUACCUGCUCAUCAGCAAGAAGCGCUAUGCCGGCCUGCUCUUCUCCUCCCGCUCUGAUGCCCAUGACAGAAUGGACUGCAAGGGCCUGGAGGCUGUGCGUAGGGACAACUGUCCCCUGGUGGCCAACCUUGUCACAUCCUCUCUGCGCAGAAUCCUCGUGGAUCGGGACCCUGAUGGUGCAGUAGCCCAUGCAAAGGAUGUCAUCUCGGACCUGCUGUGCAACCGCAUAGACAUCUCCCAACUGGUCAUCACCAAAGAGUUGACCCGCGCAGCAGCAGACUACGCGGGCAAGCAGGCUCAUGUGGAGCUGGCUGAGAGGAUGAGGAAGCGUGACCCCGGCAGUGCGCCCAACUUGGGCGACCGAGUCCCCUACGUGAUCAUUGGUGCUGCCAAGGGUGUGGCCGCCUACAUGAAGUCGGAGGACCCCCUGUUUGUGCUGGAGCACAGCCUGCCCAUUGAUACUCAGUACUACCUGGAGCAGCAGCUGGCCAAGCCGCUAUUGCGCAUCUUUGAGCCCAUUCUGGGUGAGGGCCGCGCGGAGUCAGUGCUGCUGCGCGGUGACCAUACACGCUGCAAAACCGUGCUCACCAGCAAGGUGGGCGGCCUUCUGGCCUUCACCAAGCGCCGAAACUCUUGUAUUGGCUGCCGCUCCGUAAUCGACCAUCAAGGAGCCGUGUGUAAGUUCUGUCAGCCACGGGAGUCUGAGCUCUAUCAGAAGGAGGUGUCACACCUGAAUGCCCUGGAGGAACGUUUCUCGCGCCUCUGGACACAGUGCCAGCGCUGCCAGGGCAGCUUGCACGAGGAUGUCAUCUGUACCAGCCGCGACUGUCCCAUCUUCUACAUGCGCAAGAAGGUGCGCAAGGACCUGGAGGACCAGGAACGGCUGCUGCAGCGCUUUGGACCUCCUGGCCCUGAGGCCUGGUGACCUGACAAGGGACAGGGAAUAAAGUUCAGACUUUUUGCUACUGGC